GUUGGAGCGGGGAGAGUGUAUUACAUGCAACUUAUCUAGAAAACCGUUAACAUUUCCAACUGAUGCUGAUUGGCCAGUAAACACUAAACAGGAAUUUUGAUUUGGAACAGUCUACACAUUCAACAUUUCGGCAUAUCUGUUAAACCAAACUUUUUAUGGCUUUACUUAUUGCCGGCAUAGAAGGGGGUGCUACGAUUUCUCGAAUAGUUUUACUGGACUCCUCAGGAAAUCAAUUAGGUUAUGUUGAAGGACCUCCCACAAAUCCAUGGUUACUAGGUUUAGAAGAAGCUGCUGAACGUAUUUUGAACCUCGUGAAAGAUGUACUAAUCAAUUCUAAUCGACAACCAACAGAAACACUUGCCCAUCUAGGUUUAUCAUUGAGUGGUGCCGAUACUGAAGCGAACCAAAAUGAACUAAUGAAUGCUAUCAAAAAACACUGUCCAAAUGUUGCACAAGAAAUACACAUAUGUAAUGACAGUAUUGGUACCUUUUUAACGGUAUGUGAUAAAGCCGCAAUAGUAUUAAUUUCUGGAACUGGAUCAAUAUGUUGUUAUAUACGAGAAAAUCUAACAUUUCAACGUAUCGGUGGCUAUGGACAUUUACUAGGUGAAAGCGGUUCAGGUUAUUGGAUUGCACAGCGAAUGAUAAAAAAACUCAUCUCAUCAGAUGACAAAAUCAUAGAUACUACUUAUAACUUGGAUAAUGUACGUAGAGUUAUUUAUGCCUAUUUUAAUGUAGAAAACAAUCUAGAAUUACUUCAACAUUUCUACACUAAUUUUAGUAAAAAUAAAAUUGCUGGACUAUGUGAACAUUUUUCUCGAAUUGCUCGAACUGGAGAUCAAUUGGCUAAAGAUGUGUUUCAUGAUGCCGGUGUUCAAUUGGCUCAACAUGUCAGAGCUGCUUUAUAUUACUAUGUUAUGGAUUCAAUGUCUCCCAAUCAAAACUUAACAGUUGUUUGUUGUGGUUCGGUAUUCAAAAGUUGGGAUCUAAUCAAAGAUGGUUUUAUAGAUUUUCUGAAACCGUCUGAAGAUAGUAAAUGGAUAGGGACUUUAGAAUUAGUUCAACUAAAGCAUAGUGCAGCUUAUGGUGCCGCUCGUCUUUCCGUCCACUUUGAUUCCAAAGUGACUAUCCCUAUAGACUCAGGUGUACAGUUUGAUAAAAUUUUGUUUGGUGUAAAUUUUUAAUACUUCCAAAUAUGUGUGCAUUGACUUUUAUAUUGUAAGCGACCAUAAUUUGUAGUUCCUUUAUAAUAUUUGUUACAAAAUUUAGUAUUUUUCUGUAUUGUUUAAGUAGCAUUUUCAAUUUUUUUAUAUUAUACCUCUUUGUGCUCAUUUAUUGAUUCGGUUUAAUGAGAAGAGACAAAAGAAAUAUUGCUAAGACUUUUUUUGUAACUCACCCCCUGGUUACAUGGAUGUAUUAAAAAAAACUAUUAUGAAAGUAUACAAUGGUUAUCUUUAGCAACUCUUAGAUGAUCUUAAAAAUGUCAAGUCCUAUUUUCGGCCAAUCAGAAUAUGGGUGAUAUGAAUAAAUAAUUUAUUAUUCUAAUACCUCAAUUAAAUUGGCAUUAGGAUUAACAUGUAGUAGUAACGAUUUGAUGAUUGGAUUGAAAGAAUACUCUGUAUCCAUAAUGAUGAAUACUUACGGAGUUAGUUCUAUGAUUUUAAACAUCAAAAACUGUCAAUGUAUCUUUAUAAAUAAUGUUAGCAUAUUAUAAACACUUUAGUUCUAUCUGUUUUAUGUAUCCUCGUGAAAAACUGGUCAUUUUUUCAUCGUUAUUUCAAGAAUCGC